CACUCAACUAAAAGGUUCUAAUACCUCUGUAUAUAUUUUCGCUCGUCGUAAAAUGAUUUUUGGAAUUUGUCGUGGUUGUGGUAAUCCAAAUGAUGAUUUCAAUAAAUGUCAAUCAUGUGAAGAUUGGAUUAACGAAAAAACUCGACUUUUACAAGCCUUACAAGAUUUAAUCGCACAAAGAGAAUAUAAAAUAAACUUAUCAAAAAAAAAUAUUGAAAAAUCUGAAUCUGAUGGAAUUUUGUUAUCGCGUGACGAUGUAAAGUCUUCUUUGGUAAUGGACUCGGAAUCUUUAAAAAAUAAUCAUAAGCAUUCUGAUUUUAAGCAUUACGCGACACAAAGUAAAGAAAAUAAUGAUCAAAAACUUCAUGAAUUAGAUUAUCAAAAAUGCAUAACUAAAGAACAACGAAUUUAUACAAUGAAAUCCUCGGCACUUCAAACUUCAUUAUCUAGUAAAGAAUUUACCCAAGUACAGGAUCAAAAACAAGUCCGUUGUGGUUUUAGUCAAACUUAUUCUGUUUUUGCAUGA